CGCAACUCUCACGGACACUUCCGGUGAGGAAACAUGGCUGCGGCCGUUCGGGACUCACGUGUGAGUGCGGGGAAAAAGCUGAAAAACUCAGUGAAGAAGAAGAAGAAGAUGAAAGUCGUCGCCGCGGCUGUAGCAUCGGAGCUGGACGAUAAGGACAAAGACACUGCCGAUAACGGAGGUUCUGUAGGAAGCUGUGGAUCAGGAGAUGAUCGCUUUUCUUCUGAUGAUGAAGCAGUAGAAGCUGACAACGAAGAUGAAGCUGAACCCUGUGACAAUGACAGUGAAGAUGCUGCAGAAGCUGGUGUCGGAACCAGUGCGGGCUGGGCAGAUGCCAUGGCUAAAAUCCUUAACAAGAAAAUUCCUAAAAGCAAACCCACCAUUCUGGUCAAAAACAAAGAACUGGAAAAGGAAAAAGAAAGGUUAAAGCAAGAGAGACUAGAGAAAAGAAAGCAGCUUGAUAAGAAGCGGGAGUGGGAAAUGAUGUGCAGAGUAAAGCCAGAUGUUGUCCAAGACAAAGAACCAGAGCGAAAUCUUCAGAGAAUUGCAACGAGGGGCGUGGUGCAGUUAUUUAAUGCUGUUCAGAAGCAUCAGAAGAAUGUUGAUGAGAAGGUUAAAGAAGCAGGCGGCUCUAUUAGAAAGCAUGCUAAGUUGCUGUCAGCCGUCUCCAAGAAAGAUUUCAUCAGUGUUCUGAGAGGGGUGGAUGGCGCCCCAAAUGAGAAAAGUUCCACCGGGAAGAACUCAAAGGCCAAACAGACUGAGGUGAAAGCCGAAGAGGGCCCGGGAUGGACCAUCCUGCGUGAUGAUUUCAUGCUGGGAGCAACCAUGAGAGACUGGGACAGAGAGAGUGAUGGACCAGAGGACAGCAGGCCAGGACCUGACAGUGACUCGGACACGUAACACAGUUCACGGUUUACUCUUCCCAGAAAACUACUUUGGGCUCCGAAAGUUGGGGGAUUUUUAUGAAGAUACCUUGGGGGAUUUAUAUGAAGAUACCAUUUGUAAGGAAGCCAAGAGACUCACUGUUAGCAACUUCGGUAUUUCCCGUUUUCGUAUAAACCUUGUUAAAUUACUCUCUCUCAGGCCUGGUAUAGUUUACUCAUUGUUCCUCAGAACAUUUGUAAAAAGAAACAUUUCUUCUUGAGAUACUCAUUUUGCCAGGUUCAUUGUCAGUUUUCAUAUUGGUCAUGGAUAUUGGUAUUUUAUCUCAGAAUCGCCAGUGUUUGUAGAAAUGCAAUGCUAAUACAUAAUUAAAAUGAACGCUCCUUGAAGUUAGUAUUUUUCAGCCUUUCAACUUGGUGGGGAGGGUUGGUGUUUGUUUUAAUGAGCUGUUGAGAAAACCUGUGUAGCAAAAUGUUUAUAGUGUUUCUCAUUUGGGUUGAUGAUUUUAUUUUUAGAUAUUAUGGCAAAUAUGAUUUAGAAACAUCAAAUCUCUGCUUUUAUAUUAUUGGACAGAUUUAUUUAAGUGUUGGGUUAUUUUGGUAUGAGAACUUACUGUGGUGGAAAUUCUCCUAUUUAACUUACGCAGCGAGACAUGAUUUCUUAGGAAACAUAUUUGACAAUGUACUGGCUUCUUUUUUUGUUGUUUUUUUGUUUGUUUUCCUAAACAUUUAAGUUAGCUUAGGUUCUUUUUUGUGGACCGACUGACAGUGAAAUGAUAGGCAGCAGGCAGUCUGCGUCAGUAUAUUGCAUCUGAUUGGAGAAUUGAUUCCUUAUAGUUGCCUUAAAGAUGAUUAAAUUGGAUGACUUUUAGAAUCUAGACGUUAAACAGAAAAAGAAGAAAAAGCAGGACUAUUUAAUAUCACUCCAGAAUUUCUGUGAAACUGGGCCUAAGAUGCAAAGUUUGUAGGGAAUUAUUUAAUAAAAAUGAUCUAUUCUUUUUUGAAAGGAGCCACCCUUUUUUCUUCAUCUUUUCCAUAAUGAAAAUAGUGCCCUCCUACUAUCCACUUGCACAUGCUUUUGCCUCUGUUCUGUAUCGAAGGAUAAUCCCCCCCUCAAACUCUGCAGGAGGAGAGAUGUUUAUAUUUGCAGACCCAUUUGAGUCUUGCAGAUAUCGUGUAACCAGAGUUAAAUUAGUCUGCGGCCUGGUAUUUGUUACUAUGCUAAAGGAUGGUACACAUCUAAGAUAUCAAAUGAUUAAACCAGCAGAGCUCAAAAUG